GGUGGCACCGGGAGGGACGCUCGGCCCUACUCCCGGGGCUUCCCGGUUGCGGGGGGGCAGGCAGCGCGCGUCCUCGGCGGGGCCCGGCCCUUCCCCGCUCCCGGGCAGUCUCUGAGCGCUGCUCCCGCCUGUCGCCGCCUUCGUGUCACUCGUUCCUCGCGUGUCUCGCCCCGCCUCGUGUGUCCCCCCCGUGCCGCGGGGGCUCGGGGGUCGUGCCAGACCCUCCCGCUGCCGGUGUACGUCCAAGGCCUCAAACGGCACCGGCGGGAGCAGCGCCAGCUUUUCCUUCUUGGGACAGCGUGACUGCCACGCAGCUCAGGGGCCGGGGCAGAACUGGGGCUGUCGCCUGUCCCGCGAAACUUAAUCCCCGGGUGCGGCGAGAGCUAGGCUGUGACAGCCCGUCCCAGGGGGAGCCCAGCCGGCUUGCACUUGUGUCGUGAGAAAGGAAGGAGAAGCGCCUGGGCUAGAGUAUCGCAGCAGCAUUUCCCAGCAGGACGAACGGGAGAGGAAGCUUCUGGCCAGGGAAGAGCUGGAGAUGCCACUGACAGCGUGUGUGGAGAACUGGUUGCACUCCCAGCUCACCGAGGAGGAGACAAAGCGGCUGCUGGAGCCGGCAGCCAGCCCGCCCAGCAAGGUGCUGAACGGAGCGGAGCAGAGCUACCACAACCUCCCGUCAGCACGCACCGAUGAGCAGGUCAUGCUGUCCUCCAUCCUUGCCAAAACAGCCAUCAACAUCAUUGACGUGUCGGCAGCAGAUUCCCAGGGCAUGGAGCAGCAUGAGUACAUGGACAGAGCCAGGCAGUACAGCACACGCCUGGCUAUGCUCAGCAACAACCUGACGCACUGGAAGAAGCUCCCACUGCUGCCAUCUCUGACUAAUCAACCACACCAAGUGCUCGCCAGCGACCCUGUUCCCUUUGCAGACCUGCAGCAGGUGUCCCGGAUAGCUGCCUAUGCCUUCAGUGCACUCUCACAGAUCCGUGUCGACGCCAAAGAAGAACUGGUUGUACAGUUUGGCAUCCCCUGAAUCUGCCCCUACCACUACUGCUUCAUUGCUUUGGGUUGUUUUUGGUUUUUUCCCCAUUUUUUUCUCUUUAUAUCCCUUCCCUCCCCGUGCUGCUGCCACAGAACUUGGACAGAUACCCUGUUUCCUACUAAAUGCCAAGGCGCCCAUCAUUGGCACGUCGAGCCCACCUGCAUUGCUUGAGGCUUUCUCCUCCUUGUGGGUGGGUGUUUUUGGGGAGGAGGCUGUGUCAGCUGGACGCUGCCUUGCACAGGGACAAGCACAAAGGGAACAGCCGGUGCGAGAAGGCCCUGGUGUGGGUCAGCACCAUGUGCCAGGUCACCAGGAUGGAUGGGCUGGAGCCAGCCAGAUGUGAUGCUCUGCAUGGGGCCUGGUGGCUCCAACACCAUCCCUUCUCCUUUUUACAUGUUUAGACCUUUAUUUUGCUUUUUUUGUUUGCUCAUUUGUUUUUUAAAAUAAUUAUUAUUUUUUGCCACAGUAGAUAAAGCCACGUUCAUCCAGUGCCUAUUUUCACUGUUCUCUGUCGGACACAGCAUGGAUGUGAUGGGAGAGCCAUACUCUGGUGGGGGGUACACACAUCUGUCUGACCCCUGUCACCUCUUUGAUCAUGUCCUGCAGGGCCAAGAGGACAAGGGGACAGGGAAUGUAUGAUGAUCCACCUUUAAGGGGAAGGAGGCCCCUGAGAUUCCUAAAUGCUCAAGGUCGAAAGGAAUGUCAAAAGUCAGGGUUUGCAAGUAAUCAGAAAGUUUCAUUGGUAAAUUACACACUUGGCAUGGAAAUUGCAGGGUACCUUUUCAUGGAUAGGUUUCCCCAGCCUGAAGAUGGAUUUCUCAUUUUCUAUGCAGAUUAGUUACCAUGUGCAAUUUGUUCUUUCAGGUCUUCCUGGAAAUGGGUCAGAGGGGUUUAGGGGUCUUUGGUCAUCUUAAUCCUACCCUAUAGUCCAUGCCCACUUCCUGCCACUCAUCCCUGUGCUUAUGCUGUGCUGUCUUGUGCUUAUCAGCAGGAACUACAACAAGGAUGUUUCUCCACCUUG